AAUUUGCCGUCUUGCCGAUCCUUUUUGAUUGAUGAAAAAAUCUAAUCUACUUUCUAGUUUCUACUAGUGAACAAAAGUGUAAAAUAAAAGUAUACUUUUUUAAAACCUAUUUAGUAUUUGUUGAAUUGCCKGAAACUCAUUUGAAGAGUAUGGCCGCUCAACUAUUCAAUCGAAUUGGUCAAUUGGGUCUUGGUCUUGCAGUAGCUGGAAGUGUAGCUAAUACAGCAUUAUAUAAUGUUGAUGGCGGUCAUCGAGCUGUCAUAUUUGACAGAUUCACAGGAAUAAAGAAUACUGUAGUUGGAGAAGGAACACAUUUUUUAAUCCCCUGGGUACAGAAGCCAAUCAUUUUUGAUGUUCGCUCACGCCCCAGAAAUGUUCCUGUCAUCACUGGUAGCAAAGAUUUGCAAAAUGUUAACAUCACCCUCAGAAUAUUGUUUAGACCUCUUCCAGAACAAUUGCCAAAAAUAUACACUAUCUUAGGUGUAGAUUAUGAUGAACGUGUUUURCCAUCUAUCACCACUGAAGUGUUAAAGGCUGUAGUGGCACAGUUUGAUGCUGGUGAACUAAUUACCCAGAGAGAAAAUGUUUCACGUAAAGUUAGUGAGACUCUUAUUGAACGUGCUGGACAGUUUGGUGUUGUAUUAGACGAUAUUUCAAUUACCCAUUUAACAUUUGGUAAGGAGUUCACUCAAGCCGUUGAAUUGAAACAAGUGGCUCAACAAGAUGCAGAAAGAGCAAGAUUUUUGGUAGAAAAAGCAGAACAACAGAAACAAGCUUCUAUUAUUUCUGCCCAAGGUGAUUCAGAAGCUGCGUCGAUGUUGGCAAAAUCAUUUGGUGAUGCAGGUGAAGGUUUGGUUGAAUUAAGAAGAAUUGAAGCCGCAGAAGAUAUAGCUUACCAACUAUCAAGAUCUAGACAAGUCUCAUAUUUACCCCCCGGACAAAACAUUCUUCUUAAUUUACCKACACAAUAAAUUCCAAUAAUGUAUUUAGAAUCUAUUUAGACAGUUAUGAUUUUUUUUUCACAGUGUAAUAUACAUACCAGCUUUACAUUAAUUCUUUAAUUUUUUUUUAUUAUAAUAUAUGAAAUAUGAUUUUGUUGCAAUAUAAUCAUAGUUAUAUAGGAA